UGAUGAAUCGUUGGUGGACCGCGGCCCCGUUAUGGGAGAGCUCGGGCUGUUUCUGCCCCAUGGACCCUCUCACCGCGAGUUAAUGCCCCCACGAGGACAUGUCCGAGAGUUCCUCAGGAGUGAACACCAGCAGUGGCAGUUUCCCCAAAUCUCACUCCUCCCACUACUCUGAGCUCAGCGACACGCACACUCCUCUCUCCGUGGAACACACGCCGGACUCUGGUAUCGUCUCCACUCCACUGCCAUCCAGCCGCUUCAGGUUCACCUCGUGGCAUCACCUGGAGGAACACGAUGUACGGGGAGACCAGCUUUCCUGCCCCAGAGUCAGAGAAGGGCCUUCGGAAGAUGAGCGCUCUCUUCGGGAUGACGAUAUCUUUCUCAGGAAUGGCAGAAGGAGGAGGAGGAGGGAGGAUGAAGGGCAGAGAUGGGAGGAGAGGCUGCAGGAGAACUGGGAGAACUGUGUGGAGCUGAACCUGUCCUAUCAGGACCUGGGGGACCCUUACCAGCUGGAGAACUUCACCCGCAUCCUGAGGAGGCUGAUCAGAGUGGAGCGCCUCCAGCUGGUGGAUAACGCCCUGCAUGACCUCAGCUCAGUCCGACUGCCAAGAUGUAAAAGCCUGAAUCUGCACCGGAACCACCUGACGACUUUCGGUCAGCUGCCAAAGGUUCCUCAGAUCCAGCACCUGUGCCUGUCUGAGAACAGCAUCUCCAGCCUGGGGGAGCUGAGCCUGCUGCAGGCCACGCCCAUACACUCCCUCACCCUCAAACUCAACCCCUGUGAGUUCCUGCAGGACUACCGCUCACGAGUGUUCUCCUGUUUGCCAAAACUCAGAGUUCUGGACGGCAUCCCAAAGCUUCCAGAAGACUCCGUGCCUCCGAACGUCUCAGUGUCCUCCAGGUUCUGCACCAUCCUGUAACCCUGGCAGGGUCACGUCCUGCACAUUACAGCACACGCCAUCCUCACAUCAGCAGUACUGUACCGGGAACGGAGACGCCCUCUCCGAUAUGCACUGUUUCUACAAUAUCCUGUAUAUAACAUCCUGUUUAAAUCAGAUUAAAGACUUGCUAUUUUUCUAC